AUGCAAUGGAGCCGCUUGCUGCGCUCCGCCGGCCGCAGCCCCGGCGCGCACCGGGAUGGAGAUAAGGAUGGAGAUAGGGAGGAGGACGGUGCCCCCGCUGCCCCCGUUCCCCGUCAGGCCGACAUCGAGCAGCUGGACCCGCGCGGGCGCACGCCGCUGCACCUGGCCACCACCCUGGGCCACCUCGAGUGCGCCCGCGUGCUGCUCAAGCAUGGAGCUGACGUGGGCAAGGAGAACCGCAGUGGCUGGACAGUGCUGCAGGAGGCUGUGAGCACCCGCGACCUGGAGCUGGUGCAGCUGGUGCUGCGCUACCGCGACUACCAGAGAGCCAUCAAGCGCCUGGCCGGCAUCCCCAUCCUGCUGGAGAAGCUGCGCAAGGCCCAGGACUUCUAUGUGGAGAUGAAAUGGGAGUUCACGAGCUGGGUGCCCCUGGUGUCCAAGAUCUGCCCCAGCGACACGUACAAGGUGUGGAAGAGCGGCCAGAACCUGCGCGUGGACACCACGCUGCUGGGCUUCGACCACAUGACGUGGCAGCGGGGCAACCGCAGCUUCGUGUUCCGCGGCCAAGACACCAGCGCGGUGGUGAUGGAGAUCGACCACGACCGGCGCGUGGUGUAUUCGGAGACGCUGGCGCUGGCCAGCCACGACCAGGAGGUGCUGCUGGCUGCUGUGCAGCCCACCGAGGAGCAGGUGAUGGGGCGGCUCACGGCGCCCGUCGUCACCACCCAGCUCGACACCAAGAACAUCGCCUUCGAGAGGAACAAGUCCGGCAUCCUGGGCUGGAGGAGCGAGAAGACGGAGAUGGUGAACGGGUAUGAGGCCAAGGUCUACGGUGCGUCCAACGUGGAGCUCAUCACGCGGACGCGGACCGAGCACCUCUCGGACCAGCACAAGGGCAAGAGCAAAGGCAGCAAGACCCCGCUGCAGUCCUUCCUGGGCAUCGCCGAGCAGCACGUGGGGCCCAACAACGGGACACUCAUCACGCAGACGCUGAGCCACGCCAACCCCACGGCCAUCACGCCCGAGGAGUACUUCAACCCCAACUUCGAGCUGGGCAACCGCGACAUGGGGCGGCCCAUGGAGCUCACCACCAAGACGCAGAAGUUCAAGGCGAAGCUGUGGCUGUGCGAGGACCACCCGCUGUCCCUGUGCGAGCAGGUCGCGCCCAUCAUCGACCUCAUGGCAAUAAGCAACGCGCUCUUCGCCAAGCUGCGCGACUUCAUCACGCUGCGCCUCCCGCCCGGCUUCCCCGUCAAGAUCGAAAUCCCCAUCUUCCACAUCCUCAACGCGCGCAUCACCUUCGGCAACCUCAACGGGUGCGACGAGCCCGUGAGCUCUCUGCGCCACAGCCCCAGCAGCGAGGCGCCCUCGCCCAGCAGCGACUCCUCCAGCGUCAGCAGCUCCAGCUCCCUGACCUCGUGCCGGCCGUGCGAGAUGGACCCGUCGCUGUUCGAGGUGCCGCGGGGCUACAGCGUGGUGGGCAGCCAGCAGGACGCCCUGCGGGAGGACGACGACGACCUGCUGCAGUUCGCCAUCCAGCAGAGCCUGCUCGAGGCCGGCAGCGAGUACGACCAGGUGACCAUCUGGGAGGCGCUGACCAACAGCAAGCCGGGCACGCACCCGCUGUCGCACGAGGGCCGGCGCGCAGACAGGUGGGUAAGGCCUGGCCGGUGGCGCGGGCGGGCGCCGCGGGGGCUCGCGCCCACGCGCCCGGCCCUGCAGGACGCCCCAGCGCGCGGGCCGCCGCGGCCCGCGGCGCCCAGCUACGCGGAGCAGCUGCGUCUCGCCAUGGCGCUGUCGGCGCGCGAGCAGGAGGAGGCCGAGCGCCGCACGCGCCGCGAGGAGGAGGAGCUGCAGCGCAUCCUGCGCCUCUCGCUCACCGACAAGUGACKCCGCCG